AUGGGACCCCGCCAGCCACCAGCCAAGAAGCUUCCCUUCGUGCUGAAGAAACAUUCUGCAGCAGAGAUGCUUGGUUCCUCUGACCGCGAGGCACCCAUGACGCCCACUCCCUUUGGGUCUGUCAUGCCGAACCAACGUCCUGGAUCUGUUGCAUUGAGCCAAUGCCCUCACGCUAUCUGCCCCUACCACUCUCCUUCUGUGGAGGAGGAGUGA